UGGCGGCGGGGAGCGGGGCCGGCGCCCGCGCCCCCGCCCCGCGGCCCCGGCUGCCGCCGCGGCCCGGCGCCAGGGUGUAGCGUUUCCCCUGACCUUUCCGCGGCGCGGCCGAGCCGAGGCAGCGCCAUGGCGGAGCAGGCGGCGCGGAUCCCCGCCUCGGUGCCGCAGUUCACCAACUGCCCCACCAUGGUGGUGCUGGUGGGACUGCCGGCCCGCGGCAAGACCUACAUCUCCCGCAAGCUCACCCGCUACCUCAACUGGAUCGGCACCCCCACGCGCGUGUUCAACGUGGGGCAGUACCGGCGCGACGCCGUGCGCAGCUACAGCAGCUACGAGUUCUUCCGCCACGACAACCAGGAGGCCAUGCGGCUCCGCAGGCAGUGCGCUCUGGCUGCCCUCCAGGACGUCCGCACCUACCUCAGCUUUGAGGACGGGCAGGUGGCGGUGUUCGACGCCACCAACACCACGCGGGAGCGCCGGGACCUUAUCCUGCAGUUUGCCAAGGAGAACGGCUACAAGGUGCUGUUUGUGGAGUCCAUCUGCGAUGACCCCAACGUCAUCGAGGAGAACAUCAAGCAAGUGAAGCUGAGCAGCCCCGACUACCGGGGCUGCGCCCAGGAGGAGGUGGUGGCCGACUUCCUCAAGCGCAUCGACUGCUACAAGGCCACCUACGAGCCCCUGGACGACCAGCUCGACAGCGGGCUCUCCUACAUCAAGAUCUUCGACGUGGGGGUGCGCUACCUGGCCAACCGGGUGCAGGGCCACGUGCAGAGCCGCACGGUGUACUACCUCAUGAACAUCCACGUGGCCCCCCGCGCCAUCUACCUCAGCCGCCACGGCGAGAGCCAGCUCAACCUGCGCGGCCGCAUCGGCGGCGACUCGGGGCUCUCCCCCCGCGGCCGCCAGUAUGCCAAGGCGCUGGCCGAGUUCAUCCGGAACCAGCACAUCCGCGACCUCAAGGUCUGGACCAGCCACAUGAAGCGGACGAUCGAGACGGCCGAGGCCCUGGACGUGCCCUACGAGCAGUGGAAGGCGCUCAACGAGAUCGACGCGGGCGUGUGCGAGGAGAUGUCCUACGAGGAGAUCCAGGCCCGCUACCCGCAGGAGUUCGCGCUGCGCGACCAGGACAAGUACCGCUACCGCUACCCCAAGGGCGAGUCCUACGAGGACCUGGUGCAGCGCCUGGAGCCCGUCAUCAUGGAGCUGGAGCGGCAGGAGAACGUGCUGGUCAUCUGCCACCAGGCCGUCAUGCGCUGCCUGCUGGCCUACUUCCUGGACAAGAGCGCGGAGGAGCUGCCCUACCUCAAGUGUCCCCUGCACACGGUGAUCAAGCUGACCCCUGUGGCCUACGGAUGCGAAGUGGAGUCUAUCUUCCUCAACGUGGAGGCUGUGAACACGCACCGUGGGCGGCCCCAGAACGUCGACGUCAGCCGCCCCACAGCCGAAGCCCUGCUCACCGUGCCGCAGCACUACUGAGGCCCCCCUGGAUGCUGGGGGCCCCCCCCCGGAUGCCGGGGCCCCCUUGCCCGCUCUAGUAAAGGCUACAUUAACUGA